AUGACAGGAUAUUGGGCAUUGAUAUCUGAUGGUAAAUUAGGAGCAGAAAGGACGAACAAAUCAACAAAUCGACUUUCUCUCACAAAGACAUUAUCCUUAACACUCAAACCCAUCACUUCAAAGAAUCACACCUCAACCUACACCAAAAAAUUGAAUAGUCAUGUAGCCAUUUCAUACCAAAUUAAUGAAAAGACAUAUUGUUACUCGCAUGAUGCAAAUAAGCAUACGUGGCACAUUCAAGAAUUAUUAGAAGGAGGUAAAUUCGGUAAAGAAACAUCACAUGGUACAUUAGAAAAUCCAUAUCACGUCUUAUUCACAUUCAAAAUUUACAAUAAAAAUUAUUUAUACGCCCAAAAUUCAAUUUCGCAUUAUUGGUACAUUCAAGAAUUAUUAGAAGGAGGGAAAUUAGGUAAAGAAACAUCACAUGGUACAUGGAAAACGACCUAUCAUGUAACAUUUCCAUUUCGUACUUCUGAUGGUAGAAUUUAUCAUUACGGUCAUAAUGUUAAAACAAACGAUUGGUCGAUUCAUGAAUUAAUGCCCGGGGGUAAAAUAGGCAAAGAAACCGCAAAUGGUACAUGCGCUCAACCUCAUCACGUUGCCUUUGCUUUUAACAUAAAUGACAAAACCUAUUAUUAUGGUCAUAACGUUGUGCGUAGAUAUUGGUUUAUAAGGGAAUUAUUCGACGGUGGUAAGAUGGGACCCGAAACUGCUCACGGUUAUUUAAAGCAACCAUUUCACGUCGCUACAUCGUUUCAAGCAAAUGAUAAGUUAUAUUAUUACACUCAAAAUUUAGAUUCCAAAUUUUGGUACAUUCAAGAACUAUUGCCUGGUGCUCUUUCUUUUGAUCUCUCUUCUGAUAAUGAUGAUUCUCCUUAUCACUUUACUGUAACUUCAGAUUAUCUCAAAAAAUUAUCUCUCAAAAAUGAUGACGAUGAUACGAAUCCCUCGUCCAAAUCGACUUCUAAUACUUCAUAUAACUUUGAUAAUGGGACAUGCUCUUCUUCGCAAAAGAAAAAAAAGGAAAAGGAAUGUAUGAUUUGUGUAGAAUCUCGCAGUGUAAGACAUUUCCCAAAGAUCACAAAAUAUUGUUCACAUCCCAAUGAUAUUUGUAAGCUUUGUGUUUCUAAACAUAUCGAAACCCAGUUAAAUUCAAAGGGUGACAUUGAGGGAAUUCUUUGUCCUUUUGGUGAUAGCUGUGGUUUUUUGAUUGAAUACAAUGAUGUUCAAAGUAUUGUAAAUUCUAGUCUGUUUGAACAGUAUGAUAGCUUGUCAUUGAAACAAGCGUUAAGAAGUAUGCCAGAUUUCAGGUGGUGUAAGAAUGCUGGUUGUGGAUCUGGUCAAAUUCACUCCGGGGGUGAUAAAGAACCUAUAAUGACAUGUGAAGCAUGUGGGGAAAAAUCUUGUUACACGCACGACAUUCCAUGGCAUGAUAAUCUUUCUUGUGAGGAAUACAAUGAAGCAAAACAAGGUGAAGACAUGGCUACUCAAGAUUUACUUAAUCGCGAAACCAAACAAUGUCCCAAGUGUGGAGUUAGAAUCACCAAAAAUGGUGGUUGUAAUCAUAUGACUUGUAAAGUCCAAAAUUGUAGAUACGAGUUUUGUUGGUUGUAA